CAAGGUCACCAGCCCAGACCUUUGGUGUAUCUCUACUGGCCAUUAGAUGGCUGCUCAGUAGUUUCUGUGCAUGAGUUAGUCAUCAUAAUCUAUUUCCCAGUGGACAAGUCUCAGCCCUAUGAAAGCUGUCGUUACAUGCUUAUCUGAGCAGCGAGGAAGAGGAAGCAACAUGAACAGAACCUGAGUUCCUUUUGUCCUGCCCUGGUACAGCAACAGAGCCUCUCAAACCCUGGCUUCAGUGGAUCAGUCCUUCUCUCAGGUCAUCUUUCUAAGCCAUGAGGGGUCGAAGCAAUGGCAAGGAGCCGUGUUAGCGCUGCAUGCAUUCUGCAGGCGAGUGGUGACGCUCCUGCGUUCCCUUCUGCAGGGCUUCAGCUCCCACUCCUACAGGACAUGUUCAGACACACGCCCAGGGACAGGACAUGCAUUUCUGGCAUGUGGGUCCUCUUUUCUCUCUGCCUUUUCUCCCUGUGUGUUAUUGAGAGGUGUGACCUGUGUUACAUGCAUGGGUUUUGGAAGGAAAGGUCAGAGGAACAGUGUUGCUUUGGGAAUAGCGAGUGCUGUGUGCAAAGCAGCUUUGACAUCUUGCAAAAACAUGUUCCACAGCCUUAAUGUAGCCAUCUCUCAAGGUUAGUUUCUGGCGUGGUCAGUCUGAUACACUUCAUACCUACUAUUUUCUUAUUUAAAAUUGAAGUCCUACCCUUGAGGUGUGGUUAAAUUAGGACUACACGGUUGGUAAAAUUGAGCACAGAGCUUAGGGACAGAUUUGCAUUGUAAAGUAACCAUUUGUGACUUCUUAUGUCACAAAUUAUAGUGUCACCAACUGUAAAGCACAAUUCAGGGCCCUCCCCGAGAGAGCUGAGCUAAAAUGACCGACUCACUGAGCACAGGCUAUGGAGGCCAGCUGAUGUUAAAGGUCUAAGUGCGUACUUCACUGGAGCUAUCACAUUUGCAUAGCGAACAAAGCUUGUUAAAAAAAAUGACUUGUGUGCAGACAUAUCCAUGCAGUCACUUACAGCUGAGACAGCGAGCUUGACUAUAUAGCGUGGUUACGCACUCGAGAGUAUACAAAGUUAAAAGAAAUAGCUAGGAGCUAGGCAUCCAUCUCUUUUCUAUUGACUAAGUUGGGAGGAUAUAGAAAUGUGGGACUUUAGGGGAACUUAUGAGAAGAGAAUAUUCGUUUUGCAAAACGUUAUAAAAAUCUAGUGGAUGUAGAGUCUAAAAGUAUGUAAUUAUUAAGGAAAAUGUGUGAUGUCUAAUGUAAAGUCCCAUUAAUUCUUUACUGUUCUCUGUUAGUUUUCCUGUAUCCUAGGCUGACCUCUCUACAGCAUGUCGCAUGUAGUGGACUGAGCAACUGAACAGAUUACAAUCAGAAUUAAUAAAGAUGAGUGGUUUAAGUUUAAAGGCUAAUAGGACAGAGGAAGAUGCCAAGUAAAGAUCAUCAGUUCUGUGAAAAUUAAAAAACUUGGGGUCUGGGUGACUUGAAAAGGACUGACAUGUAUGUAGCUUAUGAGAUUGGAAAUCCUCCCAUAUGUAUUCAAGGCAUUAAUUCCUGAUGUUAUCUGAGGUGAUCUACUUUAAUCAGAUUCCAAGAAACAAGCCAGGUACUUAAAGCAGAAGAUCUUUGACACCUGUGCUGGCAGUGUCAGUAGAGAGGCCAAAGACUAAAUCAGCAGGGAGACCAGAUAACUCAUUUCAUCUCUCUAAAACCCUUUUUAGGAUAAUUGGCAUCAGAGGGAUUCCCCCAGUUUCCCCUUCCAGAUCAUAGCUCUAUGGUCACUUAAUGUACCUGUCACACAAAGCUACCUCAAAAGUCUCACAUUUCAAAGAUUUGGCAAAUCUGUAUUAAUGCUUCCACUCUGUCCUAAAACCUUCUUUGUCAUAAAGAAGGUCAUAGUGUCCUAUGCUAUCUUGCUGCCCCACAAUAAGUUAAAUCUGGGUCAAAAUGGGACUCUUAAAUUGAAUCCUGCUUCUGUGCCCUUAAUGCAGCUUUUCAUAUUUCCUAUUCCCAUUUUCUAAGUUUCUAGCAUUGUGGUAUCUGAGUGCCAAUCUUUAAUGUUGUUUCUUGUUUUAAAUUUAAUCUCAUUUUCACACAGAACUUAAACCAAAGAAGGAAAUACGAUUUGAUAUCCUCCAAAGACCUUGAUCCCACAAAGCACGUUGUUGCACAUGGCAGAAACAGCAUGGCGGCUGCAUAAGGGCACACUAGGUACAAGUAAGGUGACAGUUCAUGUUGCAUCACUCUUUGGACUUUUCCAUGCGAGGAGUCCUAGGUAGUUUGUGCCUGAUUAUCCAAGGAGUGGAUUCUCCUCCGUAUGGUGUGAGAUGCAGUAUGCAGUUGAAGCAAAAGAGCUACCGCUGCACAAAUCCAGGAAUUAUAUGACAAGCUUUAAUUAAUGUGACUGUUUGUCCAAAAACGGUUUACUUCAUAUCAAAACGUUGACGUAAAUGUACAACUUGAUGUUGUGCUUAAAAAGCACAACCAUACGCUGUGCUCCUUAAAACAAGUCAUUGCGUGGACUUAUUUAAGCCUGUUUUACAGCCUAGGACCAUAUUUGUGAAUGUCUUAAUUAUCUAUACAUAACUUUUUUAAGAUGAGCCGACCAGGCUUUUCUCCUUAGGAUCCUGCAAUAUCUUUCUGUAACUACUGGGGGGUAGGGGAGUGUGCUUUCAGCUUGGAUUCUGGUUCUGGCUAGUAUUUCCUUUUCUGAUUAUCAGAGAAGCGUGUGCCUUUUUAAACUGCAGAGCAUUUACAUUCAUCUUUUCUCAUCUCCUAUUGCAAAUGUAAAGUUUGGAUUUUUUUUUAAAUGCUCAAUCUUCUUAUUCCCACUUGCGUAAAAUCUGCCAUUCCAGCUUCCAGCCAGAUGCAAAUGAAAAUGUUAUUUUUUGUCAACUUUUCAAUUAUUCACAGGCCUUUCAGCUGUGCAGUGCUCAGCUCAAUUUUGAGCCACUUUUGUAAACUGCCAUAAGAGUGAGGUGAAGUUGUUGAUAGCAUAUCCAUCUCAUCAUCUUUUCCUCUUCAGAGGAAGAACAGACUAUGACAAACUCACUGUGUAUUUUACACUUGCUGUUGGUUCUACUUUUAAUCAUUGUCAGUUGCAUUUCUGUCACCCUAAAAUUAACCAAAGCUAUUUUCUUUCCACAAAAAAAACUUGAAUUGCAUCAUGUAGAAGUGUUUUAGAGAUUAAAAGUUAACAACACGCAUGUGUAGUUUUAGCCCAGCUUAUUUUUAAAUGGCUAACUGUGCAUACAUUUGAGUUCACAAUCCUAUUCCAAAAAUACCUGUGAUUUAUCCUUAUCAUAUUGCCCAGCUAACAGUAAGAAAUAGGCUCAAGUGGCUCCAUACAGAUUAGAUUCACCUCUUACACAACAGGUUAUAAGAUGCAGUGAGACCCAUGAGACCUGACUUGCAAAGAGCUCCGUCCUCUGCAGGCUAGGGAAUCCCUUGGCAAUAUUGUAUAUGCUGAAGAUAAAGGGAUACUUCCCGCUGACUUCACUAGAAGAAUAGCUUGUUAGAAAGGCAUUAGUAUGUUUACAAAGUCCAAUGUAAAUAAGGUUUCGAGGCUCCUCAUACUUAUCUUAAAUCAAUUAAAGUUUUAAUUCUUUUUUGUAACUAUAAUUAAGAUCUGGGUUUAUUUGAUUCCUUGUAAAUUUAGCAGCUAUGGUAUAUUGAACAGGGCAAGCAUCUAUAUUUGUUUCUUCAAAUGUAUCUGAACAGACCCAGUCCAUGGGAGAAGCUCCCUUGCUAGCCCAGUGUGACAUACUGGUGAAUCCUGGGUCAUCAUAGGGUUUUCUGCCAUGUCAGCUAGAUUCACUGAUCCUUAUGCUGUUUUCACCAGUAAUGUUUUUACCUCGGCUUCAGCAUACCUUUCUUCCUAUUAUCACCUCUCCCUCCUUUCUGCUCAUGUUCCCAAAAUCAAAUACUUUCCCUGUUCCAGGUCAGCUCAAAGUGAACAGAGUUCUGAGGCUUUUUUUCUCCUCCCCACAACAUAGAAGGAAAUUACGGAAUCUGUCACAGGAUAUUGCAGAGGCCAUAAAUAUAAACGGCUUUGAAAAGAUAGCUCCAUCCCUGACUAGUAAACAUGAUGGACACAACAUGUGAGCAGACCCUCAACUGAUUACAAAAAGUUAGGAAGAUAUACUGGAGAAAGAAAGGAUAUUCCUAAAAACGUCCAGUUUCUUAUAUCAUCCUCUAAGCAUCCACCAUUGGACACUGUUGAAAAUGGUAUACAAGUAUUCGUACAAAGGCAGAUGGGAGCAGAAAAUGUUGCAAUGAAGAAUAUGGAAUGAGAUGAGAUCACGGCAUCAGUCUGUCCUUUGUAGAUCUGGACAAUGAUCACAGAGCCAGAUUGGAUUAGUGAAACCUAUUUACCAGAAGUUCAGAGCAGUUGCAUGAAGCUGAAAGGCAGUCAGUGGAGAGAGGUGGAAAAUGCAUCAGAUUUACAGCUGCAGCGAUGAAAAUUUAGAAGUUUUCACCACGGUGAUUUCAUCCAAAUCAUGUAGUCCUGCCCGAAGAAGAGCCAAAACUCCACAACACAUCCUAACAAAGAGUGUGAUAGCAGUAGCUGACUGCCGGCCCCACAGGACAGACAAGCCACAGCCCCACCAUGGCGAUCUCCUCCAGGUGCUGUACAGAGAUGACGAGGCGCAAGGCUUGAGCUGCCUGCAGAGCAGGCAGCAGGCACCCUGCCCUGCCAAGUGCACUGCCAAGCACAUGGGAAUUUCUGAACAAGAGUCAUCUAAGUCCUGCAAUCCCCAGUCAGAUAGAAAAUCUUCACAAUUUCCAGCAUCAGCGGUUACCCAUAUCACAGUGAGACAGACAGCUGUCACAGAAUCACCCACAGAUGACAGCACUUUUACAGAAGACCAUAGACAACGCUUGAGGAAGACCACAGAAUAUGACCUGACUCUACCACCAGGAGCAGAAGCUUCUUUACCUCUGACAGGAGGCAAACUGUGUGGGACACCCAGCCUCCUGCGGAAGAUGUUGAUGAAGCACAAGAAGAAGUCAGAGUAUCUGGGAGCAACAAACAGUGCCUUUGAGGCAGACUGAUAAGUCUCAGCAUCACUUGGAAAGACAGAAAUUCAUUCAGCCAGAACAAGAUGCUUUAGGAUCAAUGAGGAACCAACACAACACAGUUCAUCCAGGGAAAUGAUAUCAUUUUUAUUACUUGAUGCCAUUAUCCCAGAGAGAUAGGAGAAAAGAUAACUAAGGUUAAAAAAAAACAGUGACUAUGAUAUGACUCACUAGCCUUUCUUUGUUGUGACAUGCUAGAAUCCCAAAUAUUCCAAUAGAUUUAUGUCUUGACUCAGCAAUGCCGAAACUUGCUGACACAUUCACCAUUUUACAUGUCCUGUCUUAGUCAGCUCAGACUCAAAAUAAGAAAAACCUACCAAGAAGUUUGUGACAGAUCAAUUAUAGAGUGCCAUUAAAUCUCAGGAGGUUGUUCAUUCUGUACCACUGUUUGUCCUUUCCCCCUUCCCCAUAUCCUUUCCUCUGAAGUGUGAGUUAAAAACGGCAUCUUAUGAUAUGCUUGGUUGACUGACAUAUGCUAAACAUCCUUUUUUCUUCAGUUUUGAUGUUUCAAGACAGGCGUGAACAGAUGCAAAAUUUUUAAAAGAAUGGGUGAGUCAGAACCCAGCAAGUUUGCAAAUACACAUUUACCAGAUUUUGCUAUGUGACAGAUGAUUGGUGUUUUAAAAUGUCCUGCCAGAUCAAACUGUAUGAGCAAUGGAGUAACUCAGGAGAUACUUUCUUCCAUAGACCCUGCUUAUAUGUUAACUAAUAGCCAGCAACUUACUAUCUAGCUGUGUGGUAGAGUAUUUCACCAAGUGCACAAGGUGCUAGGAGGAGAGAGGAAAUAAAUAAAUGGUGUAGGUGUGAGAUGGUUAUAUAUAGAAGACCUGAGCUUACCAGCUGGGGAUUUGCUGAAAAAAAAUGGCUAAUUCUUUUUUCCAACUUAGAAAUUGUUGAUCGUGGUCCCUUUGUUUUCUCUGACAAAAGAAAGUUACACAAAAUAUUUCAGCAGUGUUAGAGGCAAUGUUUUAUUAUAAUAUGUGCCUCAUAAGUGCUCUCCUAGUUAUUAUAAAAUAAUUCAUUUUGUCUAAAUACAGAACCUUAAGUAUAAAAUUGGGUGAAAUGUAGCUCUGUAGCUCAUAGUAAUAACGAUCUCUUUAAUCAAACUGCUAGAGCUCUAAAACCUUAAUGAAAAAAUACAUGUCAUACUCAGAGAUAGAAAUGGAAGAAAGAAGCUCCAAUAUGAAAAUGGCUUGCCUGCAGCCAGAAUAGUAAAUUGUACUGAGAUACUAUCUCCUACAGUGCCACAGUACCAACAUGAUGAGGAUGCACAGUGUCAAAUGGUCCAAAUUGCACUACUGCAAUAAGCAGCAUUAAUUGAAGUUACAGUUUCUUCCCCUCUUACAAGAAUUUCUUGGGUAGUUUGUACAUUUGGGGUAAUUUCUGCUGACUUCAUCCACUGCCUGUGUUAAGACCUUCAACCUGGACUUAGAAAAAAAUAUAUUCCAAGUUUCUCUUACAGAGCAAGAUUGAGGAAGCCUCAGAUUACACAGCUGUAGAUGUGGCCAGUUAUCCACAGAUAACAUCUCCAGCACACAAGACAUGAUCAGAUAACUCCUUGAUGAGGAUCAGUCAGCACUACAAAGCAAGAUGCUUGUAGGCUCAUCUACAUUUGUUAAAGCAAAAUAUACUUGGUUGGUGGGAUUUUGUUUGUUUUUAGAUCCCUAAAUGAUUAUCAAGAAACGUGAUUCUAAACUACAGGGUAGCUGUUUAGUUUCCUCAUCUACCAACAACAGAAAAGGAGGGAGCUCUCUCUGUCUCUUCUAUGAAUUAAAGUUGCUUCAUGCAGCACAUUGGCCAGGGAGGACAGAGCUCUUAUAUUCCAGUUACUGGUGUCAGGGGCCACCAGCUGAAGGCACCAGCGUGCAGCCUGUUCAAGAGCGAAGGCUGCUGAAGCAACCAGGUCUGUUAGCUUGAGAACUGAGCGGAGGGAGCAGCACACAGUGGAAGGAGCAGCACACGUAAGAGCUCACUGCUCAGCUGCCUGAAGAACUGUGGCACAUGGGACGUGACAGUAGCUGGUGGGGGCCGGUGUCCAGCUAGCCGUAUGGAGCCAGGAUCCCCAGCGAUUCUAAGGAGAGCGGUGAAUGACGUCAGGCUGGAUGUGCUGGAGAAGAAGAUGGAAGUGCUCGGUUUAAAAACAUACCAAGACUUUUCAUAUUGCCCAAGCCAAUUCCAGUCUCUCAACCCAGAAUCUAUCAAGGAGGAAUGAUGAACUAAACCUUCAUAAAAUCUCAGGUUCAGGUAUAUGUCAGUUCUUCAGUCACAAGCUUCUCCUUUUAGGAGGUGCUGAAUAACUCUCACAAACUGGGGAAAAACCGCAGCUAGAAAUCACACAGCCUCCGGUGCAGCCUCUCCACUCCUCCUUACUAGAAGUCCUUCUCUGGCCCAACAGCAAGACAGACACUCAGCCCAGAGGGAUAAUUUCCCCUCCUGCUUUUCGUUCUUCUGCCUGAGGAAGGAGACGCAUGCAUCUCCUCAUGCGCCACACGCAGCAGCCCACAGUCUAGCACUGGAAGGAACCGGCUGCUGACACAGUGGGAAGAAAAGGCAGCGGCAGCCCAGCACUAAUGCUGCAUCUCCAGCCACGGCACAAGAGUGCAAUUCGGCUGCCUGCUGAAGGCAGCCCACCUGAACAGCACCCAAACAGUUUUUCCACAGAGGUUCACCCCACCUUUAAAUCCGAGCCUGACACACUGCCCCCGGUGCCCAAACACAACGUAAUCGCCCGAGUGACAUAACCCUGCCGACGUCAGGUCUUCUGCAAGGAGGGAAUGAAAUUGGAGCAAUUCCCAAGUCUUUCCUGAAAUGCCUUUUACAAGUGCCACCAGUGGUACUGUCCCUCCCAGCACAUAGAAAUCCUGCCAGGAACCUUGGCCCAGUAGACACACAGAUACAUACUAUUUUUAUGCAUAUGGGUAAUCCCACUAAAUUCGUUAGGACUCCUCUCUUGUGUAGCAACAGCUAUGCUCAAGGA